CUCUCAAAGCUAUCAAAGUCUGAAACCCCUAGCAAUUCGCGCGGUAUCCAAUAUCCAUCUCUUCCUGUUCCAACGAGCGUUACAACCAGCGAGCAUCAAGUACAGAAGCAGUGAGCGGGCACUCCGUCAUUCGCCUUUAUUCUUGUCGACGGAAGCGAGCUUACACCUCGGUAGCGAUUAUGGAACACUCCGAUUUUGUGAGCACAAUGCGUUGUACACUGAGCUAGGGUGGAAUUGAAGGGGAGGAUGAAGAUGAUGGCCUUUUGCUGAUUAAUUCUGCAUACUUUACUCUUCCUCUGCUAAUUACUUUCCCUUUUUUAAUUCACCUCAAACGAAGAAUGAGGAUGACGGCCUUGGCUCUUACGUGCCCUUGCUUUUUGCCAUCAAUUGUUUCUUGCUCCUCACUUGUAAGGGUACCUACAUCUUCUUGCAAAUGCACAUCAAGCCCAGUUUUAAGGAGAUGCGUUGACAAGGAAAAGGAAGAGGUACUACUGGAAGGGAUGCCAAAGGAGUAUUAUGAUGAUGAAUGGCAAGCCCAACAACGUGAAAGGACAAAGGAGUUGCAGCGACUACGCAAACAGGAAGAGGAAGAAGAAGAAAGAAAAAUUGAGGAAUAUCGUGAAAUUGGCAUGCGGUUGAAGGAAUAUCCAGAAGAGGAUGUCAUAAAAGCUCGGAAAUUGGUUUCAAGCCUUAUAAGAGCUGCUGAAGAAGUAGAAGAGAAAAUUGAGGAAGCUGCUGAGAAAGGAGAACUUACCGAACUUGUUUUAAUGGUCAUAUGGAAUCGCCUUGAUCUUGCCCGACGUGAUGAAGAAAAGGAUGCUGUUAGAAGUCUGGAUCUGUUAUACAGACGGGUUGAGACUGAGAUCUUGAAACGCGAGGCUUCUCCUGCAAUGAGGUUGCUCAAUGACCUUUUAAUUAUGCAUGAUGGCAUUAAUGAACAAGAAUGGCUUAAGAAUUGUAAGAAACGUAUGGUUGAUACAUUUCCGCGAGAAGAUCCAUUUAGCAUUCUUGUUCCACAAGGAUUUGAUAUAGACAAGCAUGAAGGGCCCAUACGACCUCCAAUUGAAGACGAUGAUGUUCUUUUGAGGGUGGACUUUAUAAGGGAGGUGGAUGAAUUGCUGCAAGAGGUUCGUUCUGAACAAGAGGAAGUGCAUAAUGAACCAGGGUUUGAUCCUGAAUCUGUUGCGAAUAGAUUGAAGCAACAAGAGAAGCAACGGACAAUACACCAGGUAGAAGCUCUGCUUGACUUGGCCAUUGGGCUGCAACUGUAGCUCUUUGAGCCACUUCUUCGGUGACCAGAGAGGCUGCUGGAUCUUAGAAUUUCAAAGUUUUUCUUCAUUCUCAUCUCCAUUUGGCUGUAUAAUAGUUUUUAGUUUUCAAUGGGGCUGAGAACGUAUGGUGCCUGUAGCCGAGUUAGCUCUACAUUUGUCUUUAGCACCUCUGAUAUAACUAAAUAAAACAUUGUCAAAUUUGCUCUUAGAUGAAAAGGAUGCAUGUAACUAUUUUUGCCGACUGAA